AUGUCCAAAGUAAACAAUUCCCUCGUUGACCUGGUAAAAGACAUCUCACUCCUGCUGACUUACGGCUAUAAUUAUGAUGUAAUCGUGAGAUGCGGCCGUAAGCCUAACGAGGUAGCCGACUUUAAAGCUCAUUCAGCUAUAUUGGGCGUUCGCUGUCCUUAUUUUCGUACGGCUCUUUCUUUAAACUAUGCAACAAGGUGGAAUGGUGUGAUGUUUGUUCGCAAAGAGAAUAUUGAACCUCACAUCUUCAGGUUGUUGAUGAAAUACUUUUAUACUUCAAUAAUAGAUCUCGAUACACUUUCCCUCCCUGAACUCAUGAAACUCCUUAUUGCUUGUGAUGAAUUAUCCCUUUCCUCGGUCGUUAAUCGAACCCAAUCUCACAUGAUUGAAAAUCAUUCAAAACCGCUUCAGCAAGAUCCUCUCAACUAUCUCACAAAACUCAAUCAUUGCUCACGAUGUUCCACCCUGAAGACGUAUCUCGUCGAUCAAUUUUGGAGAACACCCACGUCAUCAUUCAGCUCACCAUACUUAAACUCGCUGAACAAGGAACUAAUAAGGGAAUUAUUUCAAAAGCAACAUGAAGGACUGGAUGAAAUUGAAAUUUGGAACAGAUUGUUGGAAUGGAGUGUGGUUCAAGCCAAUUCCUCUUUGUUCGAUCCUUCAUUGCUAUACUCUUUGCCUUCCGGCAUUUCUUCUUUAUAUUCUUUAUGUUACGAUCCAAAGAACCACAAAGAGUUUGCAUUAAACGAAUUUGAAAGUUGGAGUGAGCAAGAUUGCGAAUUAGUAAAAUCCCACAUCUCUGAGUUUAUUAACUUGAUUCGAUGGCAAGAAAUUUCAUUGGAAGCUUUUAAUACUCAUGUCUCUCCAUAUCAAAAAUUGAUUCCGGCCUCAUUCUACGCCGAACUUUUGACCGAUUACACUGCUUCACCUGAUAACAAAUCACAAUCUCAAUCCAUUUUCAAUUAUCAUAUUUCUCAGUCUUCUGAUUACAUGAUAUUUCCUCGAAACUUUCCCAUACGUCAAUAUUUUGACACUGCACUACUCUCGGUUUCCCAUUUUAACACAAUUUCAGCGUGGAUCGCUCGAAAAGAUUCCGACUAUUAUAACAAAAAACCAUUACCUUAUAAAUUUACUCUGUUGUAUAGGGCGAGUAAGGAUGGAUUUGAUCCCCAAGUAUUUCAUGAACGAUGUGAUAAUAAAGGGCCCACAAUAAUGGUGUCAAAGCUGUACCUGGGAGGAAAAUUAAUUGGUGGAUACAAUCCUCUAGACUGGAAACCUCAAGGACAACAAAUGGUAGAAGGAAGAAUAGGGUCAGAGGCAUCAAAAAUUGAAACUACCGCAACCACCUCCCUAUCCACCAAUAACACACCAAAGAGAUACUCGUGGGUGACCACCAAUGACUCAUUUUUGUUCUCCUUUCAACACUUACUACCUACCACCGGAAUCAUUUCACGCGUGGUGAAAUCCCUCAGUCAAAAAGCUGUUUGCUAUGAUCCCAAAAGUGGACCAGGCUUUGGAGCAGGAUUAGAUAUAGUAGUAUCCAAUAGAUACAGAACAAUAAGCACCUGGGGGUAUUCGGUUUAUCCAGAAGUACAAUGGUUUUUAUCCGAAAAUCAUAUGGAAUUGGAAGAUUAUGAAGUGUUUUCGGUGGAGCGAGAUGAAAAUGUUGAAAUUUGUGAUGAGGAUGAAGUUGAGGAGAGAGAGGAGAAAGAGGAGGAAAAUGAUGAGAAAGAGGAGGGGGAGAAGGAUGAGGAGAAGGAUGAGGAAGAGUUAAAACAAGAAAGGAUAGAUGAGAAUUGUAGGAAAGAAGGUGGUGAGAGUGGAAAGGAAAAAGAGAAAACAAAGGAAGAGGUGAUUAGCAGAGAAGAUAAUGUGAGUAGGCAACAUUAUGAAAUCGAAAGUGUGUAUAAAAGAGAUUAA